CUCGGGCCGCGGCUCUCUAAAAGGCGGGGAGCGAGAAGCGCUGGGAGCUGCGCAGAGCCGUGCCCAUGGGGCUGCCCGGAGCCAUGCGGGGUCUGAUCCUGAUCGUGCUCCUGGUCCUGGUCGCGCUGGGGGAGGCGGACGAGGCACCAAAAGUGGAUGUGUACUCCCGUGAUCUUGUCACUAUGGGAAAAGAAAACACCCUCAACUGCUUUGUGAGCGGUUUCCACCCUCCGAAGAUUGAAAUCUCCCUCCUCAAAAAUGGGAAGCCCAUGAACAACGUGAAGUACACAGACUUGUCCUUCGAUGAUAAGUGGCACUUCCAGCGCCUGGUGUAUGCACCUUUCACCCCCCAGAAGGGUGACAUCUACCUUUGCAGGGUGGCCCAUUCUACCUUCAGGGAGCCACAGGAUUUCCAGUGGGAGGCAGACUUCUAAGCUAUGCCUGGAAUAACUGAGGUCUGAAAAGUUCCGCCUUCCAAGUCCAGAUCUCUUCGGAACUUCUGUCCUUUCUGCACAUCUCACUUGUGGAUCUGAUGAAAAUUAGCCAUCAGCUUCAUUGCAGAAGAAUUUUCUUUAAUAAAGCUUAUAAUGUCAUUUACCCAAAGCACUAUAGGCGAUAGGCCUGCUUUUUGAGCACAGAGCUAUAAAAGUCUGUAUUACUGAUUAAAAAUCAGUCCAAGUUCUUCAGUGCUCUGAGUUGCACAGGAUUUUUAUCUCAAUAAAAUUGGAUGACUUCAGUAGGGUCUCUUGAAAAAGAAAGAAGAAUGAAAGUUUUAUGUGGGAUCUGCCUGAGCACAGCCUCCUGUGUGGCUCUGAAGGGAAAGCAUCAAGCCAAAGCUAAAAGGGAAAAAGUAACUCUGGGGACACUGGGUCUGGUCUUAAAGCUGUGUGAAAGGAAAGGGAGGGAUGGGCAGGAUGUGGUGCCCACUUCAAGGGGGAGAGCUCCAGCUGAUGCCUCUUGGGAGUGUGUGUGCUGUAAAGCUGAGCUGAGGGGAAGGUGAUGUGUGUGUCAGUGACUUUCAUUUCUGGUUUUCUCUUCCGUGAGUGGUUGACCCCAUGGAGAAGUCCUGUUGGGGACGGUCUUUUGUACUGUGGGGGUUUGAUGGUAGUAGUCCAAAAUGGUGCUACUUUGUAAUGUUCAUCAGACUGCUUUUGUUCUAUGGAGAAAUGAAUAGGAUUGCUGGAUGAGCGUUGGAUCAAAGAGGAUCUCAUCAGUGAACAUGUAUGUCAACAAGGAUUCCUGGCAACCCAGUGGGUGUGAUUUAGCACGUCUCUUCUUGGGUAUAUUAAGAUUUGCUUUGGCUGGUGUUGUAAUGCACUUGAGAUUUAGGCUUGUUUUGCAGCUUUUGCCAUUAUAACCACAAUUCUAUUAAAGACUGGGAAAAUCCAAA